AAGGGCUGAAGAAGGAAUCUGGUAGGAGAGGGCAGUGGACCAUGGAAUAAAGGGAAGGAGAUGGGCAGGUCAUGAGGACGGGAUGGGCCACAGGAAUGAGGGAUGACGAAGGGGGAGAAGAGGGGAGGGGGUUACCGGAAUUAAGAGAAAUCGAUGUUGAGGCCUCGCCUAUCACCUGCCUGCGUGUGCUCCCCCGACCUUCUCAUUCUGGCUUCUGCCCUCUUCCUUUCCAGUCCCGAUGAAGGGUCUUGACCCGAAACGUUGACCGUUCAUUUCUCUCCAUAGAUGCUGCCUGACCUGCUGAGUUCCUCUUUUUGUGUGUGUUGCUGGAGGAAUUCAGCAGGUUCCGCAACCUCUGUUGGGGAAGGGAACUGUUGACAUUUCAGGUCAACAGCCUGCAAUAGGAGCAGUAACAAACUGGAACGACAUUGGUGGCAAACAGCUGUCAGAAUGUGUGGGGCUUCCUUAUGGGACAGUUGCCUCCAUAACCGUCCCUCCUGACAGUUAUGGAGAUAAAUCCUGGCAGCUUUGCGGACUCUGGCCCCUCAACAUCACACUGGGAAACUGAGCAAUGCAGUUCUCUAAACCUCGAUUGGAGAAGCUGAGAAACUCGGGGAAAGCGCGCAGUUGGCCGUCGACGCAGUGGAAGCGGCUGAUGCGGGCUCCGCGCAAAAGGAGGCGAUUUUCAGCAUCUGCAGCUUUUGGAUUCUUGGGGACAUUUCUUUUGCUACUGAAGACCGGUGAAAACAACACCAAGAAUGAGACUGAAAUAAAAUUCCUGAAGCUGCUAUGGCUUUGAAUUUAUUAAGACUCUUUAAUUUCAUUUCAUCUAAAUUUCAAACUUGCAACAUCUUGCAAAUUGUGAGGUGGAAAUUGUACCCUUGCAAAAACUUCAACAAAAUAUUGUACCCACAAUGCAGCCAGAUUUUAUUAACUACAUGUCUAAAGGUAUGCCAUCAAUGGGUCCCUCAUAAAGGAUACCACUGUGUGGCCAGGGAUCAGCCUGGUUCCACUUCGGGGACAGUGUGCCUUCAUGGAGAUGCUGGCGACAGCUUUGAGAUGGACAGCAAACAGGAGCAGUCCUCUUCUGAAGAGGAGUUUUUAAAAUAUUUGAACAAUAGUAAAACUGCCAAACAGAUCUUUAAACUGCUGAAAUCUUCAAAGUCCAUUACAGACAUAAUGGCUGCUUCAGCCUUGCUUAAAAUAUCACAGGUUGAAAAAGAUGGCAAUGGCCUGAGAAACCCUGCAGUACUGCUGGAAAAUGAAACAGUCAAGGCAUUGUGCUUCCAGUUUGAGCAAGAGUCGGAGAGGCUGAGUACUAGAGCGCUGGUGACUGCACUGUACGCUUGUGUCCAAUUGUACGUGGACCCACAGAGCACCCUCAUGAUGAGACUGUUGUCUGAAAGUCAGGAGAGGUUUGGCAAAGGUCAGAUGCUUAUUAAAGACUUGUGUUUGCUGGGCAAUGCCUUUCUGGACUUGGAGGGCCCAAGCUGUGGAAUACUUAAGCAAAUAAUGGAGCAAAUUCAGGGACAGGAAAUGGACAUCUGGACAUCUGAAGAAUUAACAAUGGUUUAUAACCUGCUGGGGGCCGGUGUGGGAGAAGGAGGAAAUUACCAGGAGCUGCUAAACAAAAUGAAUUCCUGUUCCCUUCAUUUAGCUUCCAGGCUGAGCCAUAAAGCCAAAAGUGAUAUACUCAAUGCAAUGGUUGUUCUCAAGCAAACCCAAGCAAUUCCUUUGGUAAUUAAUCUCUGUAAACAUUCAGUGCGACACAUUCCUCACUUCUCAGACCAGGAGCUCAUACCGGUACUGAAUGCUCUAAUGUGCUUUGGAAUCAGCGACAGGUUUUUUAUUGAUGCCCUGGAACGAAAUAUCCCCAAAAAAGCCUUUGUCAUGCAGCCCGAGGCGAUCAGUAAGGUGAUGCAAUAUUGCAACCAGCAGCGGAUCCUUUCACCACCCAUAUUUGAUGCAGUUGCUGAGAGCUUUGUUUACAAUUCAGACAACUUUACAACUAAAGAAAUUGCCUUACAAAUUAUGCCAUUUGGUAGGUUAAAUUAUUUACCUCCAAAUGCAGGUCAGUUGUUUCGAAAGAUUGAAAGCCUAUUAAGGGGCCGAUUUUCACAAUUUCAGCCUCAAACUCUGCUGAAUCUGCUUCAUUCCUGUAUAUUAAUAGGACGAUUUCCUGUCAACUUUGUAUCCAAAAUCUUUAGUCCCUACUUUCUGCAGCUGCUAGAAGCCCAAGGAAAUGGACUAGACAAGUUUGUUCUUGCCCAGCUAACCCAGCUGUUCAUGACGAUGAAAUUAGAGUGCCGAAUUUAUGAGGGUCCCAGUCUUCCUCCCAAGUAUCGGGUAAAAUCAUUUUUCACAGCAGGACAUUCGCUAGAAAGUUUGGUGGAUGAACAUCUCUAUGGCAAAGUUAAGAAUGCUCUGACUGAACUUCUAGGAGCAAGGAAUUACUUUGCCUCUCGGGUGCUGACACCAUAUGGCUAUACAUUAGAUGCUGAGAUUAAACUGGAUGAAGAAGGAUAUGUACUUCCUGCCUCCUGGCAUGAUGAGGUAUUCAGAAGAAUAGCACUGUGCAUUGAUGACCAGAGAAGAUUCGCCAUAAAUAGUCAAAAUCUCCUUGGAAAAGAAGCUAUCAAGCAAAGGCAACUGCAGCUGCUGGGCUAUGAUGUUGUACAGAUUCCAUUCUACGAACUUGACAAGCUGCAGACCCGAGAGGAGAUGGUAGAAUAUCUUCACAAGAAGAUCUUUCCACACAGCUACAGACUUGCUUGGUGAAGAAAAUAAAAUGAAGAGCCAAUCACCAUGUCUAAAAC